UAUAUUAUUGACCAAGGAUCUAAAUUACAAUUCAGAUGUACCACUUUAGGAGCCAUUAAAUUUACUUGAGCCAUGUCUGUUGAUCCUGUAGAAACCUCUAUGAGUAUCCAGUUAAUUGCAAGAUGCUGGCUCAGCAAUCAUUUGAAAAUGCUUAAGUAUUUUGUUGUUCAGAAGAACUGGUAUAUAACUGUAUGCCUAAUUUGCACACACAGUUGUUGGAACUGUAUAUUUGGAAGCCUGUUAGUUAGCUACAUAGUAGGCAGGAUGUGAGGCAAGGUACCUGAUUCUCAUGAGCAGUCUGGCAAAUCAAGUACACCUCUCAUUGCAUGCCUGAGUUCAAAAUGAGACCUGUUAGGAGUGCUCAGCAUUGUGAUGAUGACUCAGAUUUAUGCAUGUUUUUAUAAAAGCCCUGGAAGACAUAAUAACACAGUUAAUUCUUAUUUGUUAAUAAUUUUCCUAAUUUUCUCCUUUAGAUAGCAAAAUAAAGUGGUUUGUUACAUGUCAAGGAGCAAGAUGCCUCAAAAUUUAAAUAACGCUAAAUAGAAGUCCUUGCUGCAGAUCUGUAGAACAGUGAUGCAGCCAACACGAACGGUUGUCAUGUGUAAAACAGCUUUCGAUCACCGUGAAAACACCGCCCCGGGAAAGCGUCCAUGCUUGAUAUCGUUUGGUUCAUGAACAUUAAGUUUCCAGUACAGGUAAAAUCCCAGAUGAAGCCAAAGCCCUUUCUCUAUUGGCACCUGCUCCUACUAUGACAAGUCUGAUGCCCGGUGCAGGGUUGCUUCCUAUACCUACACCAACCCCUUUAACUACACUUGGUGUUUCACUUGGCACUUUGGGGACUAUACCAGCAGCAGCAUUGGACCCUAACAUUACAACACUGGGAGAAAUACCACAGCCACCAAUUAUAGGGAAUGUGGACCCAUCAAAGAUUGAAGAAAUUAGAAGAACAGUCUAUGUUGGAAACUUGAAUUCACAGACUACAACAGCAGAUCAGCUGCUUGAAUUUUUUAAGCAAGUUGGAGAAGUCAAAUUUGUGCGAAUGGCAGGUGAUGAGACACAACCAACACGAUUUGCUUUUGUGGAAUUUGCAGACCAAAAUUCUGUACCUCGAGCUCUUGCCUUUAAUGGAGUUAUGUUUGGAGACAGGCCACUGAAAAUAAAUCACUCCAAUAAUGCAAUAGUGAAGCCUCCUGAAAUGACACCUCAAGCUGCUGCCAAGGAACUGAAAGAAGUGAUGAAGAGAGUAAGGGAAGCCCAAUCGUUCAUAUCUGCUGCUAUUGAGCCGGAGUCUGGAAAGAGCAGUGAAAGAAAAGGUGGUCAAUCUCGUUCCCAUUCUCGUUCAGAAUCCAGGUCUAGCUCAAAAUCCCAAUCUAGAAGGAAAAGAUCUCACUCAAAACACAGGCCUAUGACCUUCCUGUGCUGGGGACCCCAGAGCUGGAUGCAGUACUCCAGAUCUGGCAACAGAUCACUCUCAAGACAAAAGGACAGACGAAGAUCCAGAAGUCCCCUGAAAACACGGUCUAGAUCUAGGGAAAGGUGGAAAUCAAGAAGUCGCUCUCAUUCUUGGGACAAAAAAAGAGACAAUGAAAAGGUCAAGGAAAAAGAAAAGGCCAAAGAAAAGGAGAGAGACCAAGACAAAGAGAAGGAGAGAACCUGGGACAAAGAAAAGGAAAGAGAGCGAGAUAAAGAGAGACACAGGGAUAAGGACAGGGAGAAGGACCAGGAGAAAGAACGGCAUAAAGAUCGAGAGAGAGUUAGAGUCAAGGAAAGGGAUAGAGACAGGGACAAGGACAAGGAAAAGAACAAGGAGAAGGAGAAGGGAAAAGACAGAGAAGAGGUAGACCAGAACAAGGAAAAAUAUGAUGUUAUGAAAGAGGGGGAAAAGGAUAGAGAGAAGAUUAAGGACAAGGAGGGCGAGAAGGACAGAAGGGAAAAAGGGGACAAAGAAAAGGAGAAAGAUGAGAAGAAAGAGAAGAAGGAGCAAGAAAGAGAAAAAGAGAGAGAUGAUAAAAAAAAGAAAGAGAAGAGAUCCAGAUCACCCCCAAGAAGCUAUAGCUCUUCAAGAAGAUCUCGUAGCUCCAGCAGAGGUGAUAGGAAAGAGUCAUCUUUGACAGAUAGAGAAAGACGUAAAAGGAAGAGUAGAAGUCUCUCCAAGUCUCCUAAAACGACCAAAAAGAAGUCUUCACAAACUCCUUCUCCGAGAAGAAACAAGAAGGAGAAAAAAAGAGAAAGAGAUAGAAAUAAUGAAAGAAAAGAAAGGGAACACUUCAAGAAAAAAAUUAAUAAAGUAAAAGAGGGAAAAGAGAAAUCUGACAAAAGCACCACUACUUUGAAGGAUAAAGAUCACACUGAAGAGGAUCAGAAUUCAGAAACUGACAAGGAAGUAGGCAAUAGAGAUACAGAAAGGAUUGGUGAAGUCCAGCUACAACAGAAUGGGAACUAUCAACCAAAUGACGAAAACCAUUCAAUUAAAAUGGAAGAGGUUUAAAGCAAAAAAUGGACCACUGACUGAACUAAGGGAUGAAAUCUGAAACUUUUUAUUUCCCAGAACAAGGAAGAAAAUAUCAACCUAAUCAAUCUGAACAUGGUGAUAGUACUAGUAGCUCUUCCAAUUCUAGUGACAGUUUUGUCUAUUUCUUGCUGUAAAGCAAGAGAGCACAGACCAGUAGUUAUACCCUGAAAAGGCAGAUGACAUCAGAACUAUUCAUGUCUGAAAAUCCAUGGGUCUCCAUGAUGGCUGUACUUACUUGUAAAAUGAUGUAUGUUAAGUUUUGCCAUUUUCUGUUACAAAUAAGUAGAAACUGAAAGAUGUAAACCUGUACUAUCAAAAAAAGCUGAAUGUAUGCAUCGAAGAUUGUUUAAAGUUCUGAUUGUUCAUGAAUUUUGUAUUGACUUGCUUUUCAGGUUAAAAAUCUACAAAACCUUCAAUGUGUACUGUUUGAUGUGCUUCUAAAUGGUGCAUAAAUGUACACAUUUUCUUCUGUUAUAAAUGAAAAUUAUUUUUAAACAUAAACACAGUUUUAUGGUUCUUAUGUUAAAUGCCCACUGACUAGAUUGUUUUUCAUUUGCUUACUUCUUGCAAUUCUUGGAUUUUAUUUAAAACAAUUUCUUACUGUUAUGCUUAAAAUAAUUAUUUCUUUUAAAGUACUUGAACAAUGCAUGAUAAUUUCUGUUCCAAAAAGGAACAUGGCUAUGUUAUAGACAAUAAGUUAGCUUACUGGGUUAUUUUGGGGUUGUUUUGGUUUUUUGUUUAUUUUUGUCCUUCCAGAUGUAAGCACAUUUAUAUGAUAUUAUGAUAACUUACAGCUUUGUUUUGAGUUGUACGGCAGUGUGUCUGUUCAGCUGCAAAUAGUACUGGUGCCAUUAUGAAAUAUUUUUUUCUUACUUGUUUAAAAAACUAUGGGACCACACGCAGAAGCUUUAGUGCCUUCUUAAAAAAUAAUGUGGUAUUUUCAAGAAAUGUUUGUGCUAUUACUCAUUUUCAUCUAAAUCUUACAUUAUUUCUAUUGCUAUUUGCCACCACAAUACUGUAGACAAGAAAGCAAGCAAUUUCUCAGAAGGAUUUUUUGAUUCACUUGUUAAAGUACUAAAACUCAAUUUAUUUUUUUUUUUUAAUUACUAGAAGAGAUUUAUAGGUGAAAGCAAAGAUGCAUUUUGGGUACCACCGCUGUACAAAAGCAGUAGCUGAAUACAAAGCCUUUUCUGAUCACCUGCAUCAAAGACAGUCCUUUAGACAUUUAAUGUAUAUUUGGAUUGCCUUAAUUGUUACCUCUCCAUCGUCAUCUCUGAUACCUGUUGGGUGAUCAACAAGAAAUCAUAUGCAAAGCUGAGGGGAUAAAUAAUUUUGGAAAAUGUUCUAAUUUACACAGGAGUUAUACAGUAGAGAUUCUUUUUUAAUUCUUGAAAGAAAAAGCAUGUAAGAAGAGAAUGACAAACCAAAUAUUUUUGUCAACUAAGUACUUGAGUACUUUGAGUAUUGUGUCCAGUUCUGGGCCCCUCAGUUUAGGAAGGAUGCUGAGACUCUUGAACACGUCCAGAGGAGGGCAAUGAGGCUGGUGAAGGGCUUGGAACACAAGCCCUAUGAAGAACGGCUAAGGGAGCUGGGGUUGUUUAGCCUGUCAAAAAAGGAGGCUCAGGGGAGACCUUAUCACACUCUACAAGUACCUGAAAGGUGGCUGUAGUCAGGUGGAAGUCAGUCUCUUCUCCCAGGCAACCACUGACAGAACAAGAGGACACAGUCUUAAGCUGUGCCAAGGGAAGUUUAAGUUAGACAUUAGAAAAAAAUUCUUCACUGAAAGAGUGAUUGCACACUGGAGUCAUCUGCCCAGGGAGGUGGUGGAGUCACUAUCCCUGGACAUGUUUAAAAAAAAGACAGGACAUGGCACUCACUGCCAUGGUUUUGUUGAUGAGGAGCUGUGGGGUUAGGUCAUAGGUUGGACUUGAUGAUCUCAAAGGUCUUUUCCAACCUAGUGCAUUCUAUGAUUCUGUAACAUGGCUUGUACCCUCUGAAUUAAUUUAAUCAGUUUCAUCAUUGUGAGAUUUCUUAAGAGUCAUACCUUUAAAAUUUAUACCUAAAAUCAAGUAGAUUAUUUUUACAACUUUAUACAAUCAAAUUACUUGCCUUACUUCAUGGGAAGUUAUUUCCUUCAAUUAAAACAAAAUAAUACCAUAUUGACUAUUUGCUUUCAGUUUGUUCUCAUUUUCCUUUGCAUAAGUAAUUCUUAUCACAAAAAUGAAAAAGAAAAGCAUAUUACAGGGAAUGUAAAAUAACCCAGUUUGAUUGUAAGAUGGUAAUCACUUUUUUAAUAGGACUUUAUGUUCUUGAGACUGUGUACAUUUAAGACUAUAGAAAAUGCUUUACCAUGUAAAGUAUAGAUACUCAUUUUUGUGAUGUUUAAGCCACAUGCUGUUGAUUGGUAAGCAGCUUAUUUUGAUCAAAGAAUGACAAAUUUGUAUGCUUAUAGAAAGACUGUGAAGGACUGUGUCUUACAACAACUGUCUUAUUUAUGACGUGUAAGUAGCAUAGAGAAAAGAAAUUCUUUGCAUACUUGUCCUUGCUACCAUUUCACUAAUAAAAUUAAAUAUUUUAGAGGGAA